AUGAAGCUCGCAGUCCUCUUUGGAGUGCUUAUGGCCCUCGCCGGCGCUGACGCCGCGAAGCACAGCCUCAAGCUCAAGAAGCUCCCCCUCACCCCUCCCUCGCUGCACCAGUACGCGUCGUCCCCCGCACUCGAGGCCGAAUGGCUCAAGGCCAAGCACAUGGGCACGCUCGGCGGUAUUGUCGAUGCCGGGCAGAAGGUGCUCGGUCUCGGCGCCCACGGGCGGCCGUACCGCCUCGAAGUGGAUGAGGAGGCUGAGGAGGCCUGGGCGCAGGUCAUGCCUCGUGAUGAGGGUCUGGAGGAGCGCGUCGCCAAGGGCGGCCACGGCGUCCCUUUGUCCGACUACAUGAAUGCUCAGUACUACGCCCCGAUCACUAUCGGGAACCCGCCCCAGGAGUUCAAGGUUGUCCUUGAUACCGGAUCGGCCAACCUCUGGGUCCCCAGUUCCGAGUGCACCAGCAUCGCUUGCUUUUUGCACGCCAAGUACGACCACUCCAAGUCGUCCACCUACAAGCCCAACGGUACCGACUUUGAGAUCCACUACGGGUCCGGCUCGCUCUCGGGGUACGUCUCGGAGGACACUAUGCAAAUCGGCGAUCUCGAGGUCAAGCACCAGCUCUUUGCGGAAGCGACCAAGGAGCCCGGACUCGCCUUUGCUUUCGGCAAGUUUGACGGUAUUCUCGGUCUCGCGUACGACACCAUUUCGGUCAACCACAUUGUCCCUCCCUUCUACAACAUGCUCAACCAGAAGCUCCUCGAUGAGCCCGUCUUUGGGUUCCGUCUCGGAAGCUCCGAGGAGGACGGAGGUGAUAUGACUUUCGGCGGGCUGGACGAGAAGGCGUUCAGCGGCAAGAUGGAGUAUGUGCCUAUCCGCCGAAAGGGGUACUGGGAGGUGGAGCUCGAGAAGAUUGGGUUUGGAGAGGAGGAGCUCGACCUCGAGAACACGGGCGCCGCGAUUGAUACCGGAACGUCGCUUAUUGUGAUGCCUACCGAUAUCGCCGAGAUGCUCAACAAGGAGAUCGGCGCCACCAAGUCGUGGAACGGCCAGUACACUGUCGACUGCAACACCAUCGGCAGCCUCCCCGAGCUCUCCUUCUUCUUUGGCGGCAAGGAAUAUGCGCUCAAGGGCGAAGACUACGUCCUUAACGCCGGCGGAACUUGUAUUUCUAGCUUCACGGGCAUGGACAUCCCGGCGCCUAUCGGCCCCCUCUGGAUUGUCGGUGACACCUUCCUCAGGAAGUACUAUACCGCGUACGACCUCGGUCGGAACGCCGUCGGGUUCGCCAAGUCCAACUAG